UUUCAACAUGGCGUCAGAAGAAGAGACUGUGUACUGUUUAUGUCGAAAACCUUACGAUGAAAACGAGUUCAUGAUUGAAUGUGAUGUUUGUAAGGACUGGUUUCACGGAAGUUGUGUCGGCGUACAAGAGUACCAAGCAUCUGACAUUGAGAUCUACCAUUGUCCAAACUGUCAACUGACACAAGGACCUUUAGUGUUGAAGAAGAGAAGGAACUGGCACAGACAUGAUUACUCAGAGCAGGAGGAUUCCUGUAAGGCAGUGCAGACAGGAACAGUUGUUUUUAUAAAAGAAUUAAAAAACAGAACUUUCCCUAGUGCUGAUGAGAUUCCUAUAGCGCGGCUCCAUGGAAGUGAGUUAAAUAUAGAAUACUUUAAGAAGCACGGUUUUAAUGUUCCAAUCGUCGUAGAGAAGAAAGAUGGUUUAGGACUGGUUGUUCCCCCUGCUCAGUUUUCCAUACAGGAUGUGGAAAAUAAUGUUGGCUCAAUGAGAGAGAUAGAUGUUAUUGAUGUAUCGAAGCAGGAGGAUUAUAAAAUGUUGAUGAGGGAAUGGACGGAGUAUUAUAACAGUCCAAACAGACACAAAGUGUACAACGUCAUCAGUCUGGAGUUCUCCAAUACAAAGAUGUCAGAGCUGGUCUUCCCUCCCUCCAUCGUCCGCGACUUGAGUUGGGUCAGUAAUUAUUUCCCGGAGCAGCUGCCUGAUGACUGCACGUACACACGGCCUGAAGUCCAGAAGUACUGUCUGAUGGGGGUCAGGGACAGCUUCACAGAUUUCCACAUUGACUUCGGGGGGACGUCGGUCUGGUAUCACAUUCUGAGGGGUGAAAAAAUUUUCUACCUAGUUCGACCCACACAAGCCAAUCUAUCAUUAUACGAGUCUUGGGUGUCGUCAUCCAAUCAGAGUGAGACAUUUUUCGGAGACCAGGUUGACGUAUGUUAUAAAUGCGUCAUCAAGCAGGGGCAGACCCUCUUUAUCCCUACUGGUUGGAUCCACGCUGUGUUCACGCCGAUCGACUCCCUCGUGUUUGGCGGGAAUUUCCUCCAUGAUUUUAACAUUUCACUACAGCUUCAGGUUUAUGACAUAGAGAGGAGAAUCAAGACCCCAUCCAAAUAUUUAUUUCCUAGUUUUGAGACUACCCACUGGUACGCAGCCAAACAUGUCCUGGAUGUCAUCAAAGAUUACAUUGAAGAUUGCAGGCGACCCCCGGAAUAUCUACUGAUGGGGGCCAAGUCUCUGGCCAUGCACCUGAAGUCUUGGACACAGCGGAAAGAUUUAAACAACUCCUAUCUCUUCUUGAAGGAUGCCAAACAUGAUGUUCCUGAGCACCUGAAUUAUGGCCGUCUUCUUAAGGACCUGCAGAAGGAAAUCCGGGCCUUCGACACCUCGCCGAAAGUUAGUCCAGUGAAACUGAGGACAAAAGGAGACAGGUUAAAGGUCGAGAAAGUACGAGGGGAGAAAAAGAAGAAAAAGAAGAACCUCCCGACAAAGAAACAGAUGAUGAAUAUAGACCUUCUACAUCAGCACACGACGGAAGCUCUACAGGCCAUGGACGAGGAACGCAAGUCAUACUCGAAUACGGAUGAGGACUCCAAUUCAGCUUCAUUAAAAGUCAGAAUUCCUAAGGCAGGGGCAUAUCUAGAUUCCAUGACAAAAAAGGAGAAAUUCGUGAAGUUAGAUCCAGAUAUCAAACAAGAGAAGGAUGAUCUAGGAAUAGGGCUCAAACUGAAAGUGUCAAAGGGCAAGAUAAUAAGUGAUGCUAAAGGAAGGUCUGGUCACUCGAGUCAGAGCGGGGAGAAUGAGGAGAAUGACAGUGACACAGACAAUCUAGUUGUGGACGAGAACCCAAGGAAAAACAAACGACCAAUGGGAUCUCCCUCCUCAGCAUCCACCAUGAAACCAGGCUCGCUCAAACUCAAGUUGUCUUUUGCUGGUAAGGCCCUGCCCCCCGACAACAUGUUGGGACACGAGAGUACCCAGGAGUCUGAGACUGCCACCAGUCAAAGUGAACCAGAGGAAUCCCCGGGAAUCCCCCGCGCAAACCUUCCCACAAUUCAGGGCGGACUUAACUGCAGCAUCUCGGACAUCCUAGAGGCCAGUGGUUACGGAACAGAGACAGAUUUUAUUGUGGACAAUGAGAGGACAUCAUCCCCAAGCAUGAGGGAUGCUAUCCAGGGCAUGCUGUCCAUGAGUCGAAUGGGUGAUGGGCAGCAACUGUUCCGCGACAAACGGUCCACCACAGUUCAGCGACUUCAUAACAGAAAUCAGAUGAUAAUGGAGGAGGAGGCUAAGCUAGAACAGUGUUAUAAAGACGAGGAAUUCAUUUAUCCAGGCUUGGAUUUGUCAGAUGAUGAAAUGGAGCAGGUCCGAGACUCUAAAGGAUCUCGAGAUGACAACUGGAAUCCUAAAGCUCGAGUCCACGUGUCUGGUGUGAAGGGAGAAAGACCACACAGGGAAGGGGUGAAGAAAGAGGCAGUCGAGCAAGUCCUGGCAGCUGCGGCAGCAAAACCAGCACCACCAAAGCCAAAGAAGCCAAGAAAACGAUUAAAAUCAGAAAGUUUCUCAGAAAGUGACUCCAGUAAUACACCGGGAACUGCCUUAUCCUCCUCCGCUCCAGGUUCAGCAUUCCGUCCAAACCUAGUCAAACCAGUCACCUCUCAGGGAGAACCAUCAAGUCCUGUCAAAGCCAAAAAGCCAAAGAAAGGAUUAGCCACAGCAAAACAGAGACUUGGGAAAAUUCUUAAGAUCAAUAAGCUUGGCAUGUUCUGAUCUUAAAGUUCUCAGUAAAACAACCUCUCAAACCUCCAGUAAGACUUGUUCUCCCAUUGUUCAGAUCUCCAAGAAUGCAUUGUAUUUUUUUUAAUCAUUAUUAGAAGUUCCUUUUAUUAUGUCAUUAAAUUUCAAGGCAUUGAAUCUUAGAAUUGCCCAAUUCCAUGGACUUCUUGCUCUAAAACCAUUUUAAUUCUGUUUUAGCUACUUACAGAAUUUUUGUUACUGUCACAAUUGUAUGAUUCAAGUAACUGAAAGUCUUAUUAUUUUAGAAUGUAUAUUUUUGAAUCAGAAAAGAAAAUAGAGAUUGAUCUUAAUAUGCAUUCAGUGAAGUACUGUUGAAGGGUAAGAGAAAUGUGGUAGAAUUAGGGACAUGAGUACAGACUCUGUUGUUAUUUUUCUGCUGUGCAGAUGUAAGCCUAGCAAUAAACCGAUCUCAGGACAAAUCAUAUACCCAGCCUAACAGCUAUGUGCUGUAAAUCAGCUACAUAACUUUAUUGGUCUAUUCUUAAACAUUGGCUACCAGCAAUUUACUGUAAUUAUAACUUCAUUCUGUUUGCUUGAACCAUUAAGUAUUUGUUUUUAUUGUACUUCCAUGAAGUAAUUGUUGUGUUGUACUUAAGAAGUAUAUGUUUAUUUACAGACUGUAUUAAAAAAAAAAUAAGAAACAGCAUUUUAUAAAUAUCUUGGAGCAUUGAUUCCUGGAUAAUUAUUGCUUUGGAGCAUGGAUACCUGGGUAAUUAUUGCUUUAAAGCAUGGAUUCCUGGGUAAUUAAUGCUUUGAAGCAUGGAUUCCUGGGUAAUUAAUGCUUUGGAGCAUGGUUUACUUGGUCAGUUAAGCUAAUUUUCGCUGUCAAGCUACUGUAUAUGUACACGUUUUCCAUUUUGUAAAGUGUCAUUCUACCCGGGUAUUUUUAUUUUUUGUUUGUUAAUUAAAUCGAAGUAGUACAUGUAAGUACAUGUAAGUAUUUAUAAUAAGAAAAAGCCAUUGUUAGGCAAAACAUUAUUUCUCAUAUGAUUAUUUUUUUAUAAACCAAGCAUAAACUAUGUAAUUCUAUGUGUAUUAACAGGAAAGCAUCAGAUUUAUUGAGAUACUGAUAUCAGGGUAAUAGUUGAAAAAAAGUGCAGGUAGGUUAGUCUUUUAAUAGAGGCUACAAUUGUUAGAUUUGGUUUCAUUGCCAAAUAUCUCAGUUUAUAGACAAUUUAUGGUGAAGGUUUUACUUAAUUAGUGUUAUAAAAUAUGAAUCUCAGAGGGGGGUGGAUAACUUUUUUUAAAAUGUUAUUACACGUAUAUAAAAAACAAGUUACCCCCUGAAUAAGAUUUGGUGAGGUAGGAAUCAUUUCCAUCUUUCUUCCCUUUUGAUUCUAUGCCACAACCUUAUCGUGGAGAAAUAUUUGAAACUCUUUGAGAACAAAGUUUUACCAUGACAAGUGGGGAGAGUUAUGAUAAUGUUUCAAGGGCAUUGGAGCCAAGGACAGGGUUCAAGGACUCUUAAGGAGAAAAGUCAAAGGUCAUGCAUGACUUAAAGGUUUCUAAUAACCAGAAAGAAUGCUUUGUCCCUUAACCAAAGUCAUUUGGAAAAUUCCGAGAUAUAAUUUUGGUUAGAAGAACCUAAGGUAAUGUAAAUUUAUGUAAAUUUAUUCAAAGUUGGGUUUUGUAAACAAAAACAUUAGCUCUUGAGAGCUAUUUCUGAAGAGCCAAGGCCAAUUAGAAGGUUCAAAAUUCUGUUUCCUGGUUAAAGCUAUGUUAUGCAGAGAUUUCAGAAACUUGAACUCGACACAAGAAACUCUAAUGACCAGAAGAUAAUUGAUUAAUGGAACAAGAUCAAGAUGGAGUAAAAUGUCUGUGUUUCAAAGUGCAAAUUUUCAAAUACUAUUAGGCUUCUUUUGAAUCUGAGUGUAUGUAGUUGUUCUUUGGACGUUUUUAGUUCUAUCUAGGUAUUAUUAAACAUUUAUGUUCCUUAUUGAUUGUAGAGUAGUCAAGUAGAGGUGGGCUGUAUGAAUUUGAUUAUAUAAAGCACAAGUAAACUGCUGAUCCAAGUUUUUAUUUUGUAUUGAUUGAAGUAAGCUUUACUGUACAGUCAUGUACUUGUCAAAGACUAUUCAGAAUGUAGCUGAAACACAGGACGGGGAGUGUUAUUCACUACUGUGGAAUCAUCAUUGUUCGUGGGGGAUCAAUGUUUGUGGAUUUGGUGGGUAACCCUUACCCAUGAAUUUACAUCCCCACGAACAAUUAUUUUGUCAACGUACUGAUUAAUUAAAUCAACAAAAUAAAUGUGCUGCCCACGAAAUUACAUCCCCACGAACCAAUAAAAUUUUGUUUGCCCACGAACAUUGACUCCCACGAAUUUAAAUGAUUCCACAGUAUCAUGAUUUAGACCAGUACUUCUAUGUAAAAUAUUUUGGCGGUAUUUAUGAAUGAACGCACAAGAAAGUGCACCGCAGGUGCCUCAUAAUAAACCCUGAAUACACACACAGUAUUUGUAGGAGUUUGGUUACAUGUUGCUAACUUAUUUGUUUUGUAAAGUUUUUAAAUGCAUUAUGUAAUUUUAGUAUAUUCUAUUUAUUAUUUUCUGAUAUUAUAAUUACUUUCCUGUACAGUCAAUUUGUACAUAAAAUACAAAUCAUACUGGAUUUUAUAAUAGAGAUAUCAAAAAUAUUUUAGAAUUUUUCAUUGUGUUUCUUAUGUACAGUAUAAUUGUUUUUUUAUUUUUGCGAAGUUCUAAAAUCUGGGUUAGGACACAAGGCACAGUGUAUAUUUAGCAUUGGUUUAAAUUAUCCGUGAAAUUCAUUAUCUAUUUCUGAUAUAAAUUCUCUAUAUUGAGAAUUGCUUUGUAAUGGAAUAGAGCAAAAUAUCAUAGAUUAUCAGAAUCUUAAUUAAUUUAGUAAAAUCAAAAUUAGCAAUAAGUAGUAAGUAGUCUAUUUUUUAAAUUACUGAUUGAAAAACCCUCACAACAUUUAGAUAUCAUACUAUAGUUCUGUGUCUACAGACCAGUUCCUGAUUCUGGGUGUCAUACUGCAAUAAUUUAUGUCAGUUUUGUUAAUAUGUAUUCUUUAAUGCUGUGUACAAAUUCCUGACACAUUGCUGAGUGGUAGAGGUAUGGAAACUGGAAACUUAUAGGAACUGUAAUAUAACUGAUUCUUUAUUUUAAAAAAUGAUUUGAAGUAAACAUAAUUAUUGUAAAGGAAAAAAAAUCUAUCAGAUGUUAGGGUACCAAGAAAAUUGUGGUUUGUUUGUUAUUUUUUAAAUUUGUUUUUGGUUUUUUAAUCCCCACUUGAUUUUUUGGUUUUUUAAUCCCCACUUGAAUUUCAUGCUUAAGGAUUUUAUUUAAGGUUUGUGUUUUGUUUUCGAUUUCUCUUAUAUUACAAACCUUGUAAAGUUAAUCUUUUUAAAACACAAAGGGAAUGAAUUCUGUGUUUAAAUUCUCUUUUUCAUCAGUUUCUAAAUCUUUACCAACAUUGUAAAGUUUGCUCAAUUCCUAGAAUUAAUUCUUGCAAUAACUUUGACUGCAUGAUGCUGUAAAAAAUCAUAUUAGUUAAACUCAGUUCGUUCAAGAUCUGUCACUUUAAAAUAGAAAUAAAAGUAGAAUAUAACUUUAAGAUUAUGUUUACAGACCAUUUGUUGAUCUAUGAAAGUGUUUAACCUCAACAAGGCAGCAUUUCACAAAAUAUUGUACAUAAGAUGUAAAUAAACCUGAGAUAAAUCUA